AUUAAAAAAAAUAUGUAUAUCCUUUCAUGACCUUUAUUUUCAUUUUAUCAAUAUAUUGUUCAACAAGAUGAUGAAGUUGAAAUCUCACUUCCGCGAGAUUUUGACGCCAUUACAGUCGAUGAACGACGGAGGAGGAGGGGACUAGAAAAUGAGUUUUUUUGGAUUCGGCCCGAGUGCCGACAUUGAAAUUGUGCUAGAUGGUCAAGAUAGUAGAAAAACUGCUGAAAUAAAAACAGAAGAUGGGAAAAAAGAAAAACAUCUUCUGUACUACGAUGGAGAAACUGUGGCUGGAAAGGUGAAUGUUACAAUGAAAAAAGCUGGCAGUAAAAUGGAGCAUCAGGGCAUCAAAAUAGAGUUUAUAGGACAGAUAGAACUAUACUAUGACAGAGGAAAUCACCAUGAGUUUACCUCCCUUGUCAAAGAACUUGCUCGGCCAGGGGAGAUCACUGGAAACACAAGCUAUGGGUUUGAGUUUCAACAGGUUGAGAAGCCGUACGAGUCAUACACGGGUGCCAAUGUGAGGUUACGGUACUUCUUACGAGUGACUAUAGUGAAACGUUUGUCUGACUCUGUCAAAGAACAGGACAUUAUUGUGCACACAUUAUCACAGUACCCAGAAAUGAACAGCAGCAUAAAAAUGGAGGUCGGCAUAGAAGACUGUCUACAUAUAGAAUUUGAAUAUAAUAAAUCCAAGUACCAUUUAAAGGAUGUAAUUGUUGGGAAAAUAUAUUUUCUGCUGGUUCGCAUAAAAAUUCGUUACAUGGAACUGGCAAUAGUGAGGCGAGAAACCACAGGAGCAGGUCCCAAUACUUAUAAUGAAAAUGAAACAAUAGCAAAAUAUGAAAUAAUGGAUGGAGCCCCAGUUAGAGGCGAAUCAAUACCAAUCCGCUUAUUUCUGAGUGGAUAUGAGCUGACACCAACAAUGAGGGAUAUAAACAAAAAGUUCUCAGUCAGAUACUAUCUCAACUUGGUCCUGGUGGAUGAAGAGGAGAGACGAUAUUUCAAACAACAGGAAAUAACGAUUUUCCGGCGGGCGGACAAAGCCCGGCGAGCGGCUGUUGCUGGAGAGAAGCGACAGACGCACCACUCAAUGCAACAUCACAAGGAAGCGGCACCACCGCCAUCCCUCAAACCGUCAGAAGACAACUCGGACAGCCAAUGAUGGCGCCACCCGCCACAUCCUAUCAUUCCCUGGUCACAGGGGCUUCGUGAUUACCAUUGCAACAUUUGUAAAUUCACUAUGUGUUUGAACAACAUUAGCUUCCACACAUCUAGAUUUUGUCUUUUGGCUGUAUUAGUGCUACUAGUGCUGAGUUUAACAAAGAUUAGUGGGUGUUUUUAUUUUGAGUACUUUAAUAGCAAUUUGAAACCAGAUGCUUGUUUAAAGACAAAUUUAUGUGGUAAUUUGUGAAUUCUAAAUGCAAUUUAACAGAAAAGUUCAAAAUCUUACCAAAUUGUGUGUUCUUUUGACUUACAGAAAGUACUAAUUUUUAAUAGACAGGGCGUGUUGUUUACAUGAUUUAACAGUUUUUUCUUUUGAUCAAUUUUAACACACUGUGCUUAAAAUGUAGCAUUUUUUUUUUUUGCAAUUUCCAGAAAAUUAAUACAUGUACUAUAUUGCAUUAUAAGUUGUGAAUACAAGAGCCUUUUGCUUCACUAGUCUUUCUUAACCUUUAGCAUGGAAAUCCAUUUAAAGAGUAAAUGUUUGAAAGUUAAACAAGUACUAAGAUAUUAAAAUACUGCUCAGACUCAGUGUGUUGGAAGUUUUCUCCUCCUUGCUGUGCUGUGUGGAAAUUUGUGUACAAAUGUAAAUAGAAGUUACAUAUAAAUGACAUUACGUGGACAAGAAGAGUCUACAGAACCGUGCAAUGUGGAGUGAUAACACUGUGAUCCCCAGGGCUACUACUCCAGGAUACUGUGUUAGUACUUUUGUGUAUCUUAUAGCAUAUAUGAAAGUUUUACAUCUCUCCUCGAAGAGUUUUAUCAUAAGAAACAUUUUUUGGUCAUUUUACUGCAUGCUUGUUAGAAUUAUGAUGCAUAUAAGUUCUAAUAUUAAAUCAAACAGACAUAUUAAGAUUGAAAAUUGUGUUUGUUAAUGUAUUGAAAAGGGUUUCUGUUGGAUUUUUUUUUCCUGUUUACAGUGAUGAAAUUUAAGGGCAUGAGAGAUGCAAAAAUCAUGUCCAUUUUCAUGAAAUCCUUAGGGUUACAAAUGUAUUUAAGUAAGUUGUAGCAUUCAUGCUAAAUUGUUAUCGUAGCUACCAUUCCAAAAUCAUUUAAACAAUGUUGUUUCUUUGCACUAAAGGAAACAUUAAUGUAUAGAUUAGUAAGCAAAAAAAAUAUCAUGCUUGUGCUAGAUGUUUUUUGUGUCUGUCUAAAUCUCUGUUAUGCGUUGUAAGUUCUUUUAAGUGAUUGUAGAUUAAGUUUCGAGUGUGAAUGUGAGCAAAUUGAAAGUGUGUCUGCGAGUCAAAGGGUGAAAGAUUGUAUUUAAUGUAUUUAUGAAUAAUAAAAAUUAUGUUACACUUACAUUUCAUACUCCAGUAUGGUAUGUACAAUGAUAUAUAUAUUAUAUCUAUGUUCUACAACAAGGUCAUUUGUACUGACAAGGAUUCUCACCUUUAAAGGUAGAUUAAAAAGGGGACCAUUUAUUCUUAAACUUUACCAAACCACUUUCAAAUAUAAGUUUCCGUUUUUUCUUUCUUACUACCCACUUACAUGUAACAUUGUCUGCAUUUUAAGAAAAGAGCCGUAGUUUGCAAUUAAACAAGUAUUGAUUUAUUUUACUACAUUUUAUGUGAAUUAUGCACGAUUUCUGCUUUAAAAUAUAAAAAAGUUAUGACUAAACAUGUAUACUGCCAUGUUUUGGAAGUACACAGGGUCUAUUUGAAACCAAGUCUAGACAAAAAGAAUGACUUGAUCUGUACAAUGUUCAACAUAGAUCAGUUUUAGCAGUCAAUGUCUGCUCAUCUUGUUAGCAAUUCCUUGUCCUGUUUUCCCCCAUACAAUUCAAAAUAAAAUUUUUAAUACACUA